UCUUUUAUCUCAAUCUGUAUUCUUUCAUUCAAUCUUUCUAUCAAACUCCAUUGUUUGCUGAGGUGGUGGCGGUGCCCAGGUCGAACAAAUAAAGGAAGGAUGGCGUACAGAAGGAGGCAUGGGAUGACAAGGGCAGCCACCUUCAAGGAAGACAAAUGCCAUCCGCCUGAAGACGCUGACUCUUCCACAUCCCUGGCGGCUCAGGCAAUCAGGGCCUCUGCUGCCCAUCGAGACUCCUCCUAUGCCAACAACUCUGCUUUCCAUUCGUCUUUCAAACACCAUUCCAAGGGAGGUCCUAUCUAUGACUACACGUCAAUGAGAAGCUCAAAUGAAGCAGGCAGUUUCUGGGGAGUUCUUGCAAGGAAAGCCAAAGCAAUUCUCGAUGAUGAGAAUAUCUUUCCACAAUCGAAUAAUCUUGACAUAACAAGGCCUGAAAUGCUCGAUUCCUCCAGAGGUGACCAGAUGGACAAUCCUACAUUGAGAAAGGGACUGGAUGCAUUUACAUCUUCCUUGAACAACAUUGGUGGUACUAUUGGAAAUGCUUUGGAGGAGGGACGUAUAAUUGUUGAAAAUAAGACUGCAGACUUCAUCCAAGAAACACGCAAAAUACAGAUAAGGAGAAAGGAUUUCAAUUCUGAGGAACAGAACGAGGUUUCUGGUGUACGCAGUCCUUGGCAGCAAUCAACACAACCACAGACUCAAACCAGUCAAGAAGUUCAGAUCAAGGCAUCUCGCGACGUGGCAAUGGCAACUGCUGCAAAAGCAAAACUACUACUUCGUGAGCUAAAAACUGUUAAAGCAGAUCUUGCUUUUGCAAAAGAGCGGUGUUCUCAACUAGAAGAAGAGAAUAAAAUUCUUAGGGAGGCUCGUGAAAAGGGAGUUAACCCUGCAGACGAUGACAUGAUACGGCUUCAACUGGAAACACUUUUGAACGAGAAAGCUCGUUUGGCUCAUGAAAAUUCUCAAUAUGCACGGGAGAAUCGCUUCUUGAGGGAGAUUGUGGAAUAUCACCAACUCACAAUGCAGGAUGUUGUCCAUUUGGACGAGGACAUUGAAGAGGUUACAGAAGUUAAUCUUGCCUCCAGGACGUUCACUGCCUCACCAUCUUCACCAAUAUCUCCACGGUCAUCUACAGAGAUCUCCUUGUCUAGAAGCUCUAGUGUGACAAAGGAAAUGCUGCCUUCCUUGUCUAGAAGCUCUAGUGAUGCAAAGGAAAUGCUGCGAGAAACAAUAGAUGAGUCCACAAGGCAUUGAUUUUUUUUCCUUGUUCAAAGUCUUGAAUUCUUAUUUCUCAUCAAAAGAUUUUUUCCACGUUAGUUCUUUUUCACUUCCUCUUUUUAGUUAAGGGGAAAAAGAUUGUGGAAAUGAACAAGUACUCAAACUGUUGUUAAAUUA